GUCAUCUCAUUCAAAAAUUCGGACGCCUACGUAACGUUAUGUUAUUUAUUUAUUUCAACCACUUUUACUUCGCGUACACUUCUUUUUGACGAACAAUAGAAAAUUAAUAAUAAAUAAUUUGGUGUAUAUAUAGUUUUAUUAAAUAGGAUGGCAUCUCUGGCUUUCAAAGUUAAAAGUAAAAAUGGUCAGCAGGUAUUGAAGGAUUUGACCUCUGAUAGUACAGUGGGUGAAUUGAAAUUGUUUCUCUCCAGUAUAUCGGACGUUAGUUGCGAGAGAAUUUGCGUGUUGUGUGGCUAUCCGCCCAAGCCAAUAGAUGUUAGUAAUGAUAGCAAAAAAUUGAGUGACAUUGGGUUGAAAACUGGCGAAACUUUAAUCAUCGAAGAAAAGUCACCUCCCGUGACCCCGACUGUUUCAAAACAAGAUGUAGCACUGCCCGUGGAGAAUGGAACAUCGCACGAGACAAUUAACCCCUGCAGACCUGGCAUCUUGAUGAAAAAAGUGGUUCCAUCAGACAACUCUUGUUUAUUCACUAGUAUAGGUUUUGUAUUAAAUGGCCAAGUAGAUACAUCAGUGCAUACACUGAUGCGGCAAAUAAUAGCAAUGGAGGUGGCCAGUGACCAUGACACAUACAACGAGGCCAUGCUAGGGAAGCCCAAUGCGGAGUACUGUGCCUGGAUACAACAGCCUAGCUCCUGGGGUGGAGCUAUUGAGGUUGCAAUUCUAUCAAGAUUUUAUGGUUUAGAAAUGGCAGUGGUGGAUACGUUAAAUGCAAUUAUAAAUAGAUUUGGAGAAGAUAAAAAUUAUGGACAAAGAGUGUUUCUUCUUUUUGACGGUGUACACUACGACCCUUUAUAUUUAGAACAAUCUGAUGGUGGUAUACAAACAGUAUUCCCCGCUGAAGACUUGGAGAUAUAUGGAGAGGCGGAGCAGCUAGCACAUGAGGCGAAGUCUUCCCGACAGUUCACAGAUCUGAACAAGUUCACACUCAAGUGUAUGAUCUGCGACAAAUUGCUCAAGGGGCAAGUAGAAGCCCAAAGGCAUGCGAAGGAAACAAAGCACACGAGCUUUGGAGAAGUUUAGUAUAAAUUAUAUAUAGUUAUUUAUCUAACAAAUGUGUAAUCCAACUAAAACGGGAAGUUAACAAUGAGAGUUAACUCAGCAAACAUAUAUGUUGUCUCAAGUUGGAUACAACGCCUUUCAAUAUUUUAUUUUCAUACACUCAAUAUAAAAUCAAUCAGUUACUGUGGAAACGUAGUCACUGUCGAUGCCAUUUGCUUCCCUUUUAUACACAUCUCCAGAAUCGAAUCCAGAACUUUUUUGGAUUAAUAUUAUCUGCAGCUAUGCAAUGGCUUUCUCCCAGCGUCAUAUUGUCUGAGAAGAUACCAUUCCACACUUUAUUUGCCUGUUUUGCACACAGCACAGCUUGAUACUGAUGAAAAAUAACCCUUGAAGCUACUUGGAGCGUGUCCUGUAUGCUAACACCAUUGCUUAAAGCCGUAUUAUUUCAAUACUAGUUGUUGCCCGCAACUUUGUCUGUGUGGAAACUUUGAUGUGUAUUUAUCUGGUGAAACUGUAAGUUCCACAUUAUAAUCUAUGUCUGUGAUGAAUUUUACUCAGAUCAUUUUGUUUCAGAAAUAUAAUUAUUUUAAGCAAAAGAUCUUCUGAUAUAAUAAUGCUUUAAGCGAUGGUCGGUAGUGAGUACCGAAACUGUAAUCAAGUUGACAAACUUUUACUUUGGACUAACAUAAAUCUGUCAAAUUUGUAUGGAGUUGCGAAUUUUUGACGUUUGUUCCUAUAUAUUUUUAUAUGACAGAUUUGGAUGAAAACUUGCACUAAAACAAAUUGCCUUUACACCCAAGCAGUUUCCUGAAUUAGUAUCCUGUGUUGAAAGCAAAAAGUGACUGCGUUUGCUCAUCGUCUUAAGGUGGGCUUAGACGGACACAUCUUCAUACAAAAGUCCAUACACUUAAUACUCUUUCGCAGAUCAUUCCAUUCAUUUAUUUUGUCUUCUAAAACUCAGCUGGAGAUACCUUUAUCUCUUCAUUAUCUACACCGAAAUCUAAACAAUAUAUAAAAAUUAUAUAUGUAGGGUAGCUUUGACGCAAAAUAUGGAAAACUGAUGCAUGAUAUAGGCAGUGGCGUGCACUUCAUACAUGCACAAAAACAUUGCGUACCCUAAAAAUUUUGUAUUACUCAUAAAGGGGAUGGAUUUUUCCAUUUUAUGCCAUUUCCCUUCUUUAUGCAUACCCUGGUCAAAAACCCUGUGCACGCCACUGGAUAUAGGUAUCUUUUAUGUUUAGAUUUAGGUGUCAGUAGGUAAUGCCAAGUUAAAGCCAAUAUCUAACUUACUUUAGAAUAAGAACAAACAAUAGUGAAAUGAUUUGCUGAUAACUAUCGGAGAUACGACCAGUUAGAGCCACAUUAGAGUUAAAAACACUUGAUUUAACUGCAAGAUUCUGCUAACCUGCACUUGCCUAGUUCAAACUUUUAUUGUUACUUUUCGCUUUUUUUGGAACUAUGUUAUUAAAAUCGACUCGCAUAUUUUAAGGGGUAUCAUGGCACAGAAAAUUUGAAAUUAAUGUACACGUGUAUUGUAAAACUUUUGUAAUACAUUCGCAAAUAAAUGAUACUCAAAGAAUUAGGGCCAAGAAAUCGUAACUACGCAGGAAACUUUUGUGUCGUCAAUCAUAACACCUCGUACAAGAACUGUCAAUUAGAACAAAGGUCUUGAUACAUUUUUGUAAAAAAAAAAAAAACUUUGUUACUAGCCACCCCUAAACAAAGGUCAACUUGUAAGCCCGCUUGCGCCUAUAGCUAGGUUAAAACUACGUAACACCAGGUUUUUAAAGUUCAGGUUUUAUGGUUAAAAUUUAAUAUUUUGUUGCGCCACUGAAAAACCACGCGGUUAUUUACUCGGGAUUUCUUUAUUUUACGCUGUUAAUAUUAAUCAAUUAUGACAUUGGUGGGUUAAAACAUUAAAAAUAUAAAACAAGGUUAGUCCCUAACACUUGAUCGUGCAAGACAUAGUUAUAAUUUAAACCAAUAUUGUCAGCUAACUAUCGGAGUUAAAUAAAUUUAGCCUGAGUAGCAAAAGCGGGCCUUAAAGAGAUAAUUAAUGUAUGCAAACUUACACGAUACUAAUGCCAGUUUCACUAAAUUAACAUUUUUUUUAUAAUUUAAAAUCAAUACUACAAAUGAAAAAUAUGAUAAUACAAACACAAAAUACCAAACCUUGUGGCAAGAACCAUAGACAAGAUAGGUUAUAAUUUGAGUUGCCUAGUGAAAAUUGAUUGGUGUAAGAUAAAUGAAUGCCUACGAAUCUUUGAUAUGGCAUUACUUACUCAAAUAGUUUCAUAGUUUGUUUAAAUUAAUUAUCUUUUCGUAGGCCGCAGUUUAGUAUAAGUUGCAAGUUCCGUCGGAAAGAAAUCGGGAUUGUUGGUCAUGUUAAACAUCUUGUAUGUUCUUUUUCAAAUGCUGGAUGCUGUUUUGCAUUGUGCCCACUUUCUUUAGUUAUUUUAUUAAUUAAGGUGCCUUCCACACAUACAUAUACAUUGUUUGUAAAACAUACUUUUUGCAUUUCGUAAACAAAUUGUUUUUUUUCAAUUUUAUAUAAGUACUUAAUGUUCUGUAAGGGAGCAGAGAAACUAUGGCGUAAAUUUUGAAUGUCUUCCCUGAAUUUUGAACGUUUUUACGUUAUAAAUUGUGUUUGAACGUUACAAAUUAAGAAUGAGCGUCCAAUAAAUAUUAUAUAUUUUUGUAGAUUCUUCGCUAUCUGUAUUAGGUCACUCUGAAUGUUACCUUUAAUUGUUGAAUAUUUAACAAGGAGAGCAUUUUCCCUUCCCCAUUAUUUUUAUCUGUGUUUAUUUCGGUGUACCUACCGAUUGUUCUAUUGACAAUAAUUAUAUCGCGAUAUCAAUGUCUUUUAAAUCGUCAGUUAUUUUAGCUAAACCGAAGUGGGCACUGUUUAUUUUUAUUAGCGUAUUUUGUUGGCUAUCAAUUAAUAAAAAAGAAAACAAUGAAUUUUA